UUGGUGACAUUAAUAAUAAAUCAGUCUGAAACAUUAUCGAUCAUGUGGUCGAGACCAUACAUUUUGUCUUCUUCUUUAAUUAUAUGAGAUACGCAGCUACUCCAUUUUUCAGGUGUGAUAUUUUGAAGUCCUUCAAAAAUUUUUUUACUUCUGUCAUUUUGAAGGUUUUGUUAUUUCUUGCAACAUAUCGUUUAACACUCACAGUGGUAUGGGGGUAGACGUAAAACAAUUAUUCCAUGCUGCGCUGCCAUCUCGUCCACAACAUACUUAACGCAAUGUUCUUGUUUGUGCUGCCGUACAAUGUCUUUAAGAGUAGCUUUAAGGGCCGAAACACAUAACGCAAACUGCUUAUUUUUGCGGCGCCGCAACGCCAAAAUCGGCAGUUGCGUUGCCGCGUUGCGGCGUCGCGAAACAGGGCAUUAUGGUAGGGCAACCAUUUUCUCGUGAUUUUUGAGUGUGGAUAGACGUCUCUCUGCGAUGGAUCGUAAUAAACUUAUUGCUUAUUUGUUAUUAAGAAGACAUUAUUCUAUCUUAAAAAUACGGCAAAGAAGAUACUGGAUACAUCCAUUAAGUAAGGGUAUGAAUCCAAAUGGCGAGUUCUUUUCUAAAAAAUACGAAGCAUUAAAGAUAGACGAAAAAAAAAUUGUUGCCUACUUUAGAAUGAUAUCAUCAUUUGAAGAGCUAUUAAGCGAGUUAUCAAAAUAUAUACAGAAGAAAAAAAAUAAAGGAAGAAAACCAGUUACUGCUUUGGAAAUGCUGGGCUUAACUUUAAGAUUUCUAGCAACCGGCAGUGACUUUAAAACCAUGCAUACGAAUUACUUCCGAGGAGCAAGUACAAUAGCAAAAAUUGUAAGGACAGUUUGUCGCGCCAUAUGGAAACAUCUAUCAAGUCAAAAUAUACCUCCUAUAACAAAACAGGUUCUAGAAGAUGUCGCUAUUGAGUUUGACAAGAAAGCAAAUUUUCCUAACUGCAUAGGAGCUCUUGAUGGUAAACAUGUCCGUAUUACAUGUCCUGCGCACAGUGGAUCACUGUUUUACAAUUAUAAGGGCUAUAAUUCAAUAGUUUUAUUAGCUCUUGUAGAUUCUAGAUAUAGAUUCAUUUUUGUCGAUAUACUCGAGUUAAUUGUUCACAUACAUAUUUAA